CUGUAGAGAUGUAUUGAGAUAAUCGUGUCAAUCCACACUAAGACAUCCAAAUCCUCAUACAUGGAACACGGACCUUACUAGAAGGAUGGGAGCCACUGUUGAUGUGAUAUGCCUGUAUUUGGUGAUGUCUUUAUCCUGCUACAUGCAUUCUUCUGUAACCAAUGGCCAGGAAAAUGAAUUACAUGAUCCGAGAGUCAGAAGGCAUCUAGCAGUUAGCUGGAGUGCGUUUCAGUACACGUACUACACGGACAUCCUUAUCGAAGGCUAUGGAAGCAGUCUUGUUGAGAUGUACUUAACAAACGCAUCAUUAUUACCAUACCCACUGCUCAUGAACUCCUCGACCUAUGUCAGCAUUGUGCAGAUAGAAAUUACUACAGAAUGUAACGUUACUGGGAAUGGUACAGAGAAGAUGUGUACUUGCAACCCCGGAUACAGCUGGAACAUCACUGUGUGUUACACCUAUCCUCCUUGUAGUAACUCCUCCAACUUCUGCUCCUGCCUGUUCAUUCAAGAUGAUAAUAUUCCAGUUUGUGAGGCCCCAACAAACAUCUCAGACCAGAGGGUUAGCCUUAAAGGAUCCCUUACCACAAAUGAAACAUUUACAUCAGAUCUUCUAGAUUCAAGCUCCACAAAGUACAAAGCCAAGGAGUCCAAUUUAACACUGGCUCUACUACAUGCUUACACAAAGAAUUGCAAUCCAUUGUCUGUGGCGGUUCUUGGAUUCAGUCCAGGAAGUGUGAUAGCCAGUUACAGGAUGCUGCUGGCGGGUCCAGUUUCCUCCACGCAACUUUCAUCCAGCAAUGCUCUGGUGUCUCAGGCUCUCUCCAAUGUCACAUCAUCACAGCUAUCAACAUCAGGAAUGGUGACUAUCGAGCCAGCGCAAUUGGAAGUGAAAUUCGGUGACCCCAUCCAGCUGGUCUGCCAGAUAAAUGAAACAAUGCCAUCGGUGAACUGGACACUCACUGUUAAUAAUGUCACCAAUACUUUGUUUCCUAGUGGAGAAAAUGUGAACGUGUCAACACAGCAACUGUCCAGUUCAACUAUCUCUGUCCUUACAAUUGCUAAUGCCAGUCAGUGGUGGGAAGGGAAAUAUUACUGUCAAAUCUCCAUUGAUGGCAUGGAAUUCAAAGCAAAGGCAGUAGUCAACAUCACCCUCCUCCCAUUGGAGAUCACCAUCAACCCACUACAAAAGAGCCUAACCUCCAAGGACACUUCCAAGCUACAAUUAGAGUGUUGUGUGCCCUAUGAUGAAGAGAAUUAUAAUGUCACCUGGGCGUAUGGCAACUUGAUAGUGGCUGCAUUACCUGCUGGAAGGACAGACUUGAACUGUUACACAUUGGUUCCUCCUCGUCCUACUAAUGACACCAACUACACCUGUACAUUCACGAACAAAGCUGGGCAGCAAAAAUCAAAUGUGAUUCCUGUAACUGUAAUACAAGCAACAGAUAUAUAUUGCAGCGUCGAUGUGAGCAAUGGUAUUACUUGGAAUGUGACAAAAGCAGGAAUGUCCGCCUCUGCUAUCUGUCCCCUGGGAAAAUCAGGAUAUAUGACCAGAGACUGCUCGGCAGUCGGAGUGUGGCUCAGUGUGCAGGAUAACUGUAUUAGCCAACAACUACAGACUGCGCUAAGCAGUGUUCAGGCCCUCGAACAAGGUCUAGGAAUUGCUCAGGUUAAAGUUCCAGAUAUUAUCCAGCAGAUGACCAAUAGCAGUGGGACUAUUGUUAACAAUGUAGCAGAGGUGUCAGCAGUAGUGAACAUCUUGGGAUCCAUAUCCAGCAUGGCAGCCGCCCAGAACUGCACGUUUGACCCAAAUGUUGUCACGAAAUUCCUCACUCUUGCCAGCAACCUAAUCGAUCCUGACUUUUCCCCGUUGUGGAGAAGCUCCACAAGUCCACCAGCUUCAAAAAUGCUACAGUCUGUAGAAUGCUUCUGCCAGCUCCUGCAGACAGGAAAUCAAACUUUUGAGAUUGACCUUGAAAAUAUCCAAAUAAAGGGCAACUCUUAUGAGCAAGGACAUGUGGGAGAAGAUUAUCAAAAGAACUUUGCCACAGUCAGCCUAUCUAUAGAUAAGCAGACAAUAUCAUCUCUCCUUAAACAAAACAACCUCAAGAUCACUAGCGUGGUGUUCAACACCAUCGGAAACCUCUUACCAAGUACGUUUGAGAACAGCAAUGAUUCACAGCUAAACAGCAUUGUGCAGUCUACCUCCAUAAAGCUGUCAGAUUCAAGCUAUGCUUCAACCAAUAUCGAAAUGUCAUUCGUGGUGAUGAAUACAUCACGUAAAAUGUAUUCUCAGCACUGUGUGUUCUGGGACUUCUCUCUGCCAGGCUUUGGUGGGUCUUGGUCAGAUGCUGGAUGUACAUCAAUAUUGGGGACUAAUGCGACAUUCUGCAGUUGUAGCCACUUGACCUCCUUUGCCGUACUUAUGUCGAUCAAUGUAGGUUCUUUGGCACUAAUUGAAGAAAUUACUUAUGCUGGUCUUGGGCUUUCCAUAUUGUCUCUUUGCAUCUCUGUCUUCAUAGAAGGCUUUGUGUGGAAGACAGUUACGAGGACCAAUAUCUCAUAUUUCCGACACAUCUCUCUGAUCAACAUUACAGUGUCCUUGCUAUGUGCAGACGUGUUCUUCUUGUCAUCUGCCUUUCCUUCAAUAAUUGCAAAGCAAUUGAUCUGCCUGACAAUAACCUUCCUAAACCACUUUUUCUACCUGGCCCUUUUUUUCUGGACCUUUGCUCAAAGUGUAAUGCUCCUUCACCAACUCCUUUUUGUGUUCCACCAUUUACGAAAAAGGAUAUUUGUCUCCCUUUCAUUUACUGCUGGAUAUUUUUUGCCAGCUAUUAUUGCUGCUGGCACUUUUUUGUACUAUUACCCAAAAGGCAAAUACCGCCAUGAAAAAGUCUGUUGGUUGAACCCAGAAAGCGGAGCUAUCUAUGCGUUUGCGGUCCCAGCUGGAUCCAUUAUUGUGUUUAACUUCCUUACCCUGCUGGUAGUGAUAGCCAAGUUGUCCCGACCAUCAGUUUCUGAAGCCAACCAAGCAGAUAAAGAGACUGCUAAGAGCAUCCUAAAGGCCAUUGUGGUUUUAACGCCUGUGUUUGGUUUAACUUGGUCUUUUGGCUUUGCCUUGUUAACGAAUCUUGACGACCUAACAAGACAAGUCUUUACCUAUGGAUUUGCUGGGAUGAAUGCUUUUCAGGGAUUCUUCAUUUUGCUGACUUGCAUCACAGAAAAAAAGGUGCGGGAAGCGCUCUUCAACAAGGGGUCCUCAGCUAAAACCUCCACAGCCACAACAAUGUCCACUUCUGAGUCUUCCAGUGACCACAUAAAGAAGAAGUGAGGACCCAGAGUACUGUGAUCUCAUUUAAUGUAUUUUGUUACAUUCAUCAAGACUAAAGGGAAGUUUAUGCAUUGCCUAUAUAGGUUGAUUAGGUUAUCUUUCCUCUGUAUGUUAAAAAAAAAAAUCUGAUGUAUAUACCGUAUGUUUGUGUGAUCAUAUACAGUAUGUACCUGUAAACUUAAAGGGAAUUAAAUGCCUUUUGAUUCAAAAUGUA